AUGCGUCUCCCUAUCAUCGCAGCUGUGUCUGCUGUCCUCAGUGGCAUUGCCCAGGCUAUGCCAUUGGAGGCUGGCCUCGACAACGACAGCACUGUGGCUGCCAUCGAAGUCCCUGAAUUUGACCAAGGCAACGCAGGCGCAGUCUCACCAAGCGAAGAUGGACCGUUCAGUCUUCACCAGAUCAAGGAGCUCGCUGCCCGAUCUCCAGAGGUGCACCAGGACCCGUACAACAUCACAGAUGUUGAAGCCUACACAUCACUUUACAAACGCGAUGUUGGCUGUGAUCCCAUUGGCUGCUUCGACAGCUCGUUCUUUUCAGUCAUUUUCCAUUACAGCGGCGCAAAUGGUGUCUACCUCUACGGAGCGGGCCAACCUGUCCAACGCCAUACUUUCCUUUGCAGCCCCAACUUCGCGUCGUUCAACUCGUGGCUUCCAUACGUGUUCUCGGCCAGGCUGAUCCCGGUCGGACUCAGAGGCUGUGCUUUCACGAAGAACCGCUCACACAUUUCUAUGAAAUACGCAAGUAUCAUCACAGAAGGCCUCCAGAAGGAUGGAAGAUGUGGUGAUAACGGUGGCGUUGAUGGCGGUACCACAAAUGCUCGCUGCAUCUUCCCAAUUCGCCCUUAA